GUCACGUCGGUCCUAAACAUGUCUGCUUCGGGUUCAGGAGGAGGCUGCGGACCGGGACCUGGUCCUGGGCCGGGGCCGGGGCCCGGCACGGGUCCCGGCCCCGGCCCAGGACCAGGCCCCGGCCCCGGGUCCGGCUCCGGGGCCUCCAACCCCCGCAAGUUCAGCGAGAAGAUCGCGCUGCACACGCAGCGGCAGGCGGAGGAGGAGACGGCGGCCUUCCAGGAGGUGAUGAUGGACAUCAGCUCCACCCGGCUCCAGGCCCAGAAGCUCCGUCUGGCUCGGCCUCCGGGCCCGUACUACGGCGGUUCCCUCCCCAACGUCAACCUGAUCGGCCGGAGCCCCCAGGACUUCCAGGGCUCCUUCCCGUCCACCCUGGAGUCCAGCCGCUCCACCCGCCACCACGGCCUGGUGGAGCGGGUCCAGAGAGACCGCCGCUUCGUCUCGCCCGUCAGGCCGUACCGGAACCGACAAGUGGACAACUCUCUGUACAGCUCGGCGUACCUGUCGCCGCCGCCCGACGCCAGCUGGAGAAGGAACUGGUCUGGAAUCUUCCCCGGGGAUAAAAGCCAGUUGUUCCGCCUCCCCACCACCGCCCUCAACAGGACCAACUCAGACUCGGCGCUGCACACCAGCGUGAUGAACCCGCCCGCCGGAGACCCGUUCUCCAUGGGAGGAGCCCCGCUCACCCCCCAGGCCGGCCGGCGCAGCGGUCAGAGCGACGGGGAGAACAGAAGAAUGUUCCCGUACCCCGUCCCCCCCAUCGAGGAGAACGUGCUGACGGAGGGGAAACUGCUCAAACCCUGGGACGCCAAGAAGCUUCCGUUGUUGUCGUCGCGGCCGAAGUCGUGUGAAGUCCCCGGCAUCAACAUCUUCUCGUCCCCGGAGCAGCCGUCCCCGGCGGUCCACGGCGUGCCCCCCUCCCUGAACACGGGCGGUUCCCUCCCCGACCUGUCCAGCCUGCACUUCCCCCCCCCGCUGCCCACGCCGCUGGACCUGGACGAGCCCGGUUACCCAGCAUCCUCUCUGAGUGGGGGGGGCAGCACCGGCAACCUGGCGUCCACGCUCACGCAGCUGGGCAUCAACGCCGCCAACGCUAACGCGCCGGGGGGGAACGGCAGCUUCCACCACCAGCCAGGCCUCCUGGCGUCUCUACAGAGCGCGCUCAGUAACCCCUCCCUGCAGUCGUCCAUCAGCAACCCCAACAUCCAGUCGUCUCUCAGCAGCCACUCCUUCUCCGGCUCGCUGAGCUCCGCCUCCCUGCAGUCGUCGCUCAGCAACCCCUCGCUGCAGUCCUCGCUAGGCUCCUCCCCCUCGCUGCCGUCCUCCCUGAGCAGCCAAUCGCUGCACUCGUCCCUCAGCAGCUCCUCCCUCCAGUCGGCGUCCAGCGGCAACCCGGGCUACGGCGGCGGAGUGGGCGGGUCCGGCUCCGCCUCCUUUUCCUCGCUGCUCGGAGGGCAGGGCCAGCCGUCGCUCAGCACGUCGCCACGGCGACGGGCCCAGCUGUCGCCGCUCAUCCUGCCCAUGGGGGCGGAGUCACGGAGGCAUCACUCCAAACAGUUCUCCCCCACCAUCUCCCCCACGCUGUCCUCCAUCACGCAGGGCGUCCCCCUGGACACCAGUAAGCUUCCUCUGGACCAGCGGCUCCCUCCCUACCCGCUCAGCCAGUCCCACCAGCACCAGCAGCUGCCCGGUCUGCCCGGCUCCCAGUCCGGCCAGCAGCACCACCACCACCACCAGCAGCAGCUGCAGCGCCUCCAGCAGCAGCAGCAGCAGCAGCAGCAGCAGCAGCAGCCGCGAGCUAACGCCCAGCAGCAGCAGCAGCAGCAGCAGCAGCAGCAGCAGCAGCAGCUGCACAUGCAGAACCUCCGCAACCAGCACAUGCAGCAGCCCUUCGGAUCGCAUCAGGUAACGAUGGGCCAGCAGGCCAACAUGGCGGUGAAGGCCGAGACUGGGUUGGACCCGUGUAUCCAGACGUCGUCCGUGUGCCAAGUCAAACAGGAAACGGAUCAGCAGCGCGGCGGCAUCGGCAUCCUGCAGCAGCAGCACGUCAGCCUGACCCCAGACGUCUACAACGAUGCCUUGUUCAGCUCGCUGCUGGACGACCCGUACCUGAGUCUGCAGCUGACGGGGAAGUCCAACCAGCAGUACCCGGCGGAGAACCCGGCCGACUGUCUGGGCCUGACCCUGAACCACGGCGGUCUGGGCCUCGGCGGCACCGAGAACCACCAGUUGGGCCACAACGCCCUGCAGGAGCCGGCGGAGCAGCAGCUGCUCAACCACCAAAACCAGAACUACGGAGGAGACGGCCGGCACAACGUGCCCAACAUCAUCCUCACAGGCGACUCCCCCACCGGCCUCUCCAAGGAGAUCACCCACGCUCUGUCCCACGUCCCUGGGUUUGAGAUGGAUUCCUUCUCCCUGGACGAGCAGCUGAGGAUGGACCCGCUGACCCUGGACCUGCUGGAGGGCGAGCUGAUGCUGGCCGACCCGGCGGUGGAGGACUCCUUCCGGUCGGACCGGCUCAAGUGACCCCGCCCCCUCCAUAAACCCCGCCUCCGGGCAAAAACCCCGCCUCCUGGCGAAGGACGCGCCCGUGGAAACGCGCCGCAGCAAAUGUGAAAGUCGGCUUUUUGUAAAAAACCAGCAGCGCUUAUGCACGCCGAUGUCGGCCAUCUUAACAGGAACUCAGCCAUCAGAGGUUUAUAUAUAUUUGUAAGAAGUUCCCCCCCACUGUGACGCCGCCGCCGCUCCUCCCCCGGCUGCUAGCGCACUAUGUCGGACCGCCGCCGCGGCCGCUAGCUUAGCAGGAAGUGCCAUUCCAGACGGCGUCCGGGCAUCGACCCUGCGGACUCGGCGUUUAUGCACAAACACGUCCGGUCGCGGCGCCGCAGGGAUGCGUUUAUCUUAGCUAUCCCUUUAGCGUCGGCGCCCUCGUCGCCGUGGCAACGUGUUCCCUUAGCACCGCCGCGGCUGUUAGCUUAGCUUAGGAAGUGCCAUUCCAGACCAUAGACAUAUUUACGUAGACGCCGCAUCGAGUGGUUUUGCUCCACUGCUGCGAUACGUCACCAUCGCCGCCAUAUUGGAUGUUCAAGACUGCGCUGGAAACUAAUACAAGUAA